GUCUUUUUCGCGUGGCUUGGCUGACAUGUGAAAAAGCUAGGCGCCCCCGAUAAAAAGGGCCUCCCCGCUCCCCGGACGCGGCGGCUACUGUUUCUGUUUCUUCCUUCGACCCCGGUCGUCCCGUCCUCCGCUGGGCAUCGAAAGUCGAACGCCUCCCCCCUCCCUCCCUCCCAGUUCCGUCGUCGGCUCCUGCAGCAGCAGCAAGCAAUGGCGGCUUCCUGGAGAGCCGUGGCGCUGGCGGUGGCCGCAGUGGGCUGGCUUCUUGCCGGUGCCGCGCGGGCGUUCCCGGCCGAGGACUUGGUCGCGCGGCUGCCGGGGCAGCCUCCGGUCACGUUCAGGCAGUUCGCCGGGUACGUGGACGUCGACGCCAAGGCCGGCAGGAGCCUCUUCUACUACUUCGCCGAGGCGCGGGAGGACGCCGCCGCCAAGCCGCUCACGCUGUGGCUGAAUGGAGGUCCUGGCUGUUCUUCGGUUGGAGGUGGUGCUUUCACCGAGCUAGGGCCAUUUUAUCCGCGAGGAGACGGCCGAGGCCUCAGAUUGAACAAGAAGUCAUGGAACAGAGCGUCCAAUCUUCUGUUCGUGGAGUCACCGGCUGGAGUUGGAUGGUCUUAUUCGAACACUUCAUCGGACUACAGCACUGGAGACGUGCGGACUGCUCAUGACAUGUACCAAUUUUUGUUGGGAUGGUAUGCGAAGUUUCCUGAGUACAGAUCAAGAGCUUUGUUCCUUACCGGAGAGAGUUACGCAGGGCAUUACAUACCACAGCUCGCUGAUGUACUUAUCACCCAUAACGAGAAAUCCAAGGGUUUCAAGUUCAAUAUUAAGGGAGUCGCUAUCGGGAAUCCGCUCCUCAAGCUUGACAGGGACGUCCCUGCGACCUACGAGUACUUCUGGUCUCAUGGCAUGAUCUCCGACGAGAUAUUCCUGGCGAUCAGCCACAGCUGCGACUUUGAGGACUACACCUUCAACGACCCUCACAACGAGAGCAAGUCAUGCAACGACGCCAUCGCGGAAGCGAACAGCGUAGUCGGAGACUACGUCAACAACUACGAUGUCAUUCUCGACGUCUGCUACCCAUCGAUCGUGAUGCAGGAGCUACGGCUGCGAGAAUACGCGACGAAGAUCAGUAUUGGCGUGGAUGUCUGCAUGUCCUACGAGAGGUUUUUCUACUUCAAUCUACCGGAGGUGCAGCAGGCUCUGCAUGCUAACAGGACGCAUCUGAAGCAUCACUGGAGCAUGUGCAGCGAGUUUUGGUUAUCUUCUCAAUGCCAAACUCUCACACGGGUCAUUUGCACCAUCAUGUGCCAGUAUCCUGAACUACAGCAACACCGACGGCAACAUCAACAUACUGCCUACACUUCAAAGAAUCGUCGAGCACAAGAUACCACUUUGGGUGUUCAGCGGCGACCAAGACUCCGUCGUGCCCUUGCUGGGCACCCGAACCCUUGUGCGAGAGCUCGCUCACGCCAUGGGGCUGCAUGUCACCGUCCCCUACAGCACCUGGUUCCACAAAGGCCAGGUUGGAGGGUGGGUGACGGAGUAUGGCAACUUCCUGACCUUCGCCACAGUGCGAGGUGCGUCUCACAUGGUGCCCUUUGCACAGCCAGACCGGGCUCUCGGGCUGUUUCGAUCCAUUGUACUCGGACAAAGACUACCGAACACGACGAAUCCACACAUUGACUAGAAGUGUAUCUACAAAAGAAGGUGGAGACAGACAGAAAAAUAGCUUAGAUUUUGCUUUUUCAGUUUUGCUGCAAUGAAUGGAUCUACAAAAGAAGGUAGUUCAUAAAGACGUGUGAUGUGUUGGAUGCUCAACUAGUACUUUAACUAUUUAUAAAGAGCAGAAAUAAUAUUUUUAUUGCUGUGGUUAUAACUAUCAUCAA